AUCUCUUUUCAAUCAAACCGGAGACACACGAAUUCACCAUCACUCUCAAACACUAAAGUACCCGUCAUGUCAACUCAGGAUUAUCUUAAAAAAUACAUGACCAAAUCAACAUCGGUGGAUGAAAACAAAAAACACAAAUCAAAGAAAAAAAAAAUCACCAAAGCUAUAGUUAGAAAAGGCAACUUUGCAAUUCAUGACGAAGACGGGGAUACAUGGCGAACCCCUGCAUCAGAAUCCGAAGACGAUAUACCUAUCAUAGAACAGCCAAAAGCACCAGUAUAUAAAUCAAGCUCGAGUAACUGGACCACUAUCCGAGAAGGCGAACCAGAACCAUCGCGCGAAGAAAAGCUACAGAGAAACGUUUUACCAGAGUGGGAUGAUGUCGAGGAUGAGGACGAACGACCUGCGAUUGCUGGCAUUGUUGUGGAAACCGAAUCAUCUGCACGUUUGCGGAAAACAACCAAGAGUACAAAGGAGUCAUCAAAACCAAAGGAACGAUGGAGAGAAUCUUCAAAGCCCAUUAUGAAUCAGGAUCACUCACCAGCCCAAGAUGAACAUACAGCUAUCAAGAGGAAGGUACUUUCGCCAUCGCCACCACUAGUACGAGGUCGCUUGUCAGAACCAUCAAGAGGCUAUAGACAUUCUUCCUCAUUAUCGAGAUCACGGUCACGAUCGCCUAUUCAACAAAAACGAAGGAGGUCAUCGUCGCGUUCACCCUCGCCUUAUUCAAGGAGAGAAGACCGAAGCCCAUCAUCGCCAAGCUCACGGGCUCGAUCAGUUGAACGCAUGAGCUCAGGAGCUGCAGUGGGCUUGCAAACAGCUACCCAGGUGAAGUAUGAUCUACAGCGGCGGCAACAGGAGCAUCAGGAAAAAAUGAACACAUUAGAUCCCACCAAGAGUGGUCGAGAUUCAGAGACAGUAUAUCGCGAUGCUCAAGGACGGAAGAUUGACCGAGUUCAGGAAAAAAUUGAAAAGGCGGAGGCGGCACGUCGUGAAAUCGAAAAACAGGAACGUAUGAUGGAAUGGGGUAAAGGUCUUGUACAGCGUGAAGAGGAGGCUGAGAAAAAGAGGAGAGAAGAGGAAGAAAAAUUCAAGCCUCUUGCUCGAUAUAUGGACGAUGAAGAACUGAACGAAGAACUGAAGGAGCGAGAGAGAUGGAAUGACCCAGCGGCGAGGUUUUUGUCAGGAACAAAAAAGACCAAGAAGGCCGUUCGCAGAUACCCAAUAUAUCAAGGAAACAUUCCGCCAAAUCGGUUCAAUAUAAGACCUGGCUAUCGAUGGGAUGGUGUUGAUCGUUCCAAUGGAUUUGAGAAGAGUUAUUUUCAGCGCAUCAAUACACAAAAAAACAGAGCUAUGGAAGCACAUUUGUGGAGCGUGGAAGACAUGUAGUUUUGAAACUUUCAUUGCAUUGUCCAAUAAUGACUAUUAUAAAUAUUGUAUACUUCUUCCUUUAU